UGUGCUACUUUCCGCUCUGCCCGCCGUCACCCGCGCCUGCCUGCCCCAACGAUCGCCGCGCCUCCCGCGUCCUGCGCCAGGCGCCACCUGCCUGCCACCGCCUCUGAUCCCUGGGACGAGGUCCCCGAGUCAAUCCAGAUGUCCGAGCCGGCGGGAAAUCUCAAUAGCCUCCGCAUGGCGAAUGUCGCUUUGAGAGAAGAAUUAAAUGCCCUUCGCGGGGAGAAUGCCAAUUUGGGCCUGCAGCUCGGAAGAGCCUUGGCCGAGGUGAAUUCCCUGCGGGGCAAUGUCUCAAGCUACAUCCGCUGGCCAGUGCCGGUGGUGCCUGUGCUGACCGAGGAGAACCUCGAGUUCCCGCUCAGCCAGAUCGACGCCGCUCCGGAGGGAGAGGUGCCCCUCACGUGCUGGCCUCCCCCGCGCCCAGAGCCCGAGCGCGCCUCGGACGAACUGCGGAUGAGCGUGAUCCAGGACUGUGGCACCUCGGCCGGGCCCCUCCACCCGCCCCCGCUGUCCCUCCCGCCCACGUCGACACUGCCCCCGCCCGCGUCGACACUGCCCCCACCCUCAGUAAAGGAUCUGCCCUCAGCGCCGCCCCUUCUGCCGCCGCUCCAGCGGCCUGAGAUCGAACCCUUUGCGGGCGACCCCGUGUACCUGGCUGAAUUCCUGAUGCGGCUGGAGACUUUCAUAGCCGACCACGAGGAUCAUUUCCCCGGGGGCGCUGAGCGGGUGACCUUUCUGAUCUCCUUUUUCGCGGGUAGAGCCAAGGACUGGGCCACCGCGGUCACCCAGGAAGGAAGCCCGCUGCACGCCAACUUCCCACGCUUCCUAGAUGAGACCCGUAAGGAAUUCUGUGGCCCCAUUCCUCCAAGUGUGGCGAAAACGGCCAUCCGCAAGCUCAAGCAGGGAAACUGUACCCUCGGCAGCUAUGCCGACGCUUUUCAGUUUCUGGCCCAAUUCUUGUCUUGGGAUGACUGCCGCCUUCAAAACCAGUUCCUCAAAGGCCUGUCAGAAUUCUUCCGCAAGGAACUUUUAUGGUCAACUGAGAUGGCCGAUCUUGAUGAGCUGAUUCUCGAGUGUGUAGAGAUAGAGAGAAAAGUGCGAGUCCCCAAGCCAAUGCCGCUCCCCGGGGUUCGCAAUAUCUUCUUCCCUUUUGCUGAGGACCCUAAUGAAGAGGUCAGCAAAGAACUAGAGUACUACAGUGAGGAGGAAGAUGAAGAGGUGCAUCGGCACAGGCUUUCCCAGAAGGACCAGCAGAGACGAGUGAGAGCAAUUCAGCAAGAGAUGAGGGAAAAGGAGGAGGAGGAGAGAAGAAAGGAGGAAGAGAUGAGGAAGGAGAAGGGGGAGAUGAAACAGAAAGAGGAGGAGGAGGAGGAGAAAGGCUUGGAGGAGGAGGCAGCCCGGGAGGAAGAUGAUGAAGAUGAAGAGGUAGAUGUGGAGACAGUUAACAGUGAAGAUGAAGAUGAGAAUAAGAUUAAGGGGGGAAAUGUCAGUGAACUUGGGAUCCAGGAGCCAGAGCAGGAGGCAGAGCAGGAGCCAGAACCGGAGGAAGAGUCGGAGGAUGAGACCCAAGAUGAUGACUUGGAGCUAAUGGAGAUGCCUCCGACCUUUGCCAACGCUUCAUCCCAGACCACUGGCUACUACCAUGAAAAUUUCCUGGAAGCUUCGCCUCCCAUAGUACAGCCUAGCAGACGGAGGAACCAGAAUCGAGUCCCGCUUCUGGAGGGCCUUCCAGGUACCAAUUCACCAUUCUACAGUUCACCACCACUGAUUCGCCGUGCAGGUCGCUUGGGGCAACGCCAAAUCCGAAGACGGCCCCCGGUGCUAUUCCGCCUCACUCCGAGACAAGGGGGCCACCGGGCUGCUCGGGGCCGCAUUCGAGUGUGAGUGCUGGGGCGAGGUGGCCACCUGAAACACACCCUUCUGCUGUUUCCCCUGCCCCUGCUUCUUGCUGCCAUACCUGCCCCAUUUGCUGACCAGGACCUAAGGAUCUCCCAGACCUGUGGACCCUGAAGAAGACCUGUGGAACUCCAGAUCAUCUUGCAGCCGCGACCAGGAAGUGACAUGUGCCUGACCAAGGAAAGGAGGGAUGGGCACUAGCUGUCCCCUUGGCGUGCACCCUGCAGUCCAGCCACAGGCUAGAGAGCAAGUUUCCAGGCCUGUUCUUGUACAUGAAUUGCUCACCCCAUUGUAGUUCCCCUCUAGUUGUUCCUGACCCCCACCUCUCCUGAGUUUAUUCACCCUGUGUUCUGUGGUUUAAUCCUCUGUCUGGCUUGCCAGGACUUCAUACAAUGCCUCACUGAUCUUCCCCAGUGAGCAAAAGACAGGCUACACAGAACUUCUCAAGCCACUGAGGCCAUUUACUACAUAUAACUGAUGAAGAGCAGGACUGGUGUCAAGAAAUGUGCCUGGAAGCCUCCACUUGCUUCCAGUCACACCCUGAAGAGGACUGUACUUUUAAGCCCAGCGAGAGUAUGCAAAGCCGCAUGUCAAGUGGACAACUGGCUGGGAUUUGUACCCGACCGACUGUGCCAGCUGGUUCCACCUGCCCCUAGACUACCAAUCUGGGACCCUCCCCCAGUCCUACCACACUUCCACCAGGGCCUUCCCAGUGGACAGAACCCAAUGUUACAGACUCUGCACCUUUUAAAAAUGCUGCCUAACACAAAGUUGGGUGGGGAGGAGGAAGAGGAAUAAGCAGCAGCAACUCAGUUUGGCCAUGCAAAGAGGGACACUUUCCUGGGGGAUGGUGGUCUCCCCACAGCCAGGCCUUGCAUGGUAGCCCCCAGCCAGAGGUCUUUGCAGGAGAUUUGCCAUCUUUGGGAUUCCAGAGGAGGCUGCAUUGGCCUUUCCCAGAUCACCAAAGAGAGAUCCAGCCUAAGACCUGUCCUUUAACUUCAACAUGAAAGAUUCUUUAGUUCUGAGAAGAGAGGGAGGAAGAGGAAGGUUCUCUCCAGAGACUACGCACAGCAGCUUUGUGACCUGUGUGUUCUCAUGCCUCUCACAUAGGGGUGGGGGCAAGCUGGGACUUGGCACUGGGCUUUGAUUCGAUGCUGAGGCUUGAGAGGGCGACUGUCUCCUAGUAACCCCUGGGCCCUCUGUUACAAACCUUGGUGUUCUUCUAGACAUCUGUUGCUUGUUUGCCUUGGGUCCCCAAAGCACUGCUUUUAUAGUGAAAACUACAUACUGUGUCACUCUGGCCACAGUAUGCCAGCCAGGUCCAUUGCUGUCCCGAACUGCCCUUGACAUUGUCUCCUGGAUGGUGCCUGGCAGCUGGGUAAGUGCAGCCAAAAUGUCUGUGGCCAGAGGGAUGAAAACAGCAAACCAAGCCUCUGUGACUCGCUGAGUGGCAUACCACCUCAGGCCAGCCUCAGGAGUCUCACCCUGGAGGCAAGAAGAAGGAACUGGAGGAAGAGGAAGCAAGAGAAACCCACUCCUUUUUUGGCUUCUGGUGAGGUCUUUAUUCACCUGUGGGAGCUAUUUCCUCAGGAGACGGUUCUGGAAGGGGAGCCACAAUAUUUCCAGCCGUGGAUGACACUCUGGCUCUGCUGUCUACAUCCCUGCUGGAGAGGUAUAAAGGACAGGUGCUUUGCACUCCCCCUCCCAGGGACCCCUCAGCACAGGCCCUGCCUGUUCCCAUGGUGCUUCUCAUUCUGAGCCCUCAGUAGCCUCAGCUGGGGAAAGAGCGAA